AAGACUUUAAUUUUGAAAAUUCAACGUGUCAUCGCCGCUACCGGAAGUGGAUAUUCGUUGCACAUUUCUGUUCUUUCUGUAGCUGCUCUCCGUGAUUAGCCGUCAGCGGUUACCACAGCCUUCAUCGCUACUUUUAGUUAACAGAACCAGAUAUGUCUCACACAAUUCUGCUGGUGCAGCCCACCAAGAGACCAGAGGGCAGAACAUAUGCAGACUACGAGUCUGUCAACGAAUGCAUGGAAGGAGUGUGUAAGAUGUAUGAAGAGCAUCUGAAGAGGAUGAACCCCAACAGUCCCUCCAUCACAUAUGACAUAAGCCAGUUAUUCGACUUUGUUGAUGAUCUUGCUGACCUCAGCUGUCUUGUGUACAGGGCAGACACACAAACCUAUCAGCCCUACAACAAAGACUGGAUCAAAGAAAAGAUCUACGUGCUGCUGAGGCGCCAAGCUCAGCAGGCGGGGAAAUAAGGAGUGUAAAUGGCUGAAUUAUUUCUGAUGCAAGUCCCCAACUCUAUCAGAACUACGCUACAUCACAGGACAAACAUAGACGAGCCAAGUGGUGAAAUGAUGCCGCUUAGUUCAGAUUUUGUUGAAUGCGUGUCUAUUUAGUCAGUAAGUCAAAGCAUAGAUUGAAAAUAUUUUGGAUUUUAAAUUGCAUUUUUGUAACUGGAGUUAGGGACUUGGAUAUUUAUCAGACUAAAGGGUAAGAUUGGGGGAGGGAAAGGGUUCAGGAUUUUUUUCAAUCCCUCUCAAUCGAUGUUUUCUCUUUUUUUUUUUUUUUUUUUUUUAAUUGUGGUUUAAUUGUUCUUUAAUUCAGUGAAGUAAAAAAAAAACUUUUGUCCUCAGUGCCAUUACAGAUUUUGUUGGCCCUAUCUGUUUUGUGUAUUUAUCCAGUAGUCACCACUGGAAAGUAAUAAAAAUCUUCUCACAUAAA